GCCGCGGAGCUGCUGGUGGUGAAGGAGCGCAACGGGGUGCAGUGCCUGCUGGCGUCCCGCCGGAGCGAGGAGCCGCCCCGGGAGACCUGGGGCAAGAAGAUCGACUUCCUGCUGUCGGUGGUGGGCUUCGCGGUGGACCUGGCCAACGUGUGGCGGUUCCCGUACCUCUGCUACAAGAACGGCGGCGGUGCCUUCCUGAUCCCGUACACGCUGUUCCUCAUCAUCGCUGGGAUGCCCCUCUUCUACAUGGAGCUGGCUCUGGGCCAGUUCAACCGGGAAGGGGCAGCCACGGUGUGGAAGAUCUGCCCGUUCUUCAAAGGAGUCGGCUACGCCGUGAUCCUCAUCGCCCUCUAUGUCGGCUUCUACUACAACGUCAUCAUCGCCUGGUCCCUCUACUACCUCUUCUCCUCGUUCACCUUCCACCUGCCCUGGACCGACUGCGGCCACCCCUGGAACAGCCCCAACUGCACCGACCCCAAGCUCCUCAAUGCCUCCAUGCUGGGCAACCACACCAAGUACUCCAAGUACAAGUUCACGCCGGCCGCAGAGUUUUACGAGCGCGGGGUCCUGCACCUCCACGAGAGCGGCGGCAUCCACGACAUCGGCCUGCCCCAGUGGCAGCUCUUGCUCUGCCUGAUGGUGGUGGUCGUCGUCCUGUUUUUCAGCCUCUGGAAAGGCGUGAAGACGUCAGGAAAGGUCGUGUGGAUCACGGCCACGCUGCCUUACCUGGUGCUGUUCGUGCUCCUGGUCCAUGGCAUCACGCUGCCCGGCGCCUCCAACGGCAUCAGCGCCUACCUGCACAUCGACUUCUACCGCCUCAAGGAGGCCACGGUAUGGAUUGAUGCUGCCACUCAGAUAUUUUUUUCCCUGGGGGCUGGAUUUGGAGUCUUGAUUGCAUUCGCCAGUUACAACAAAUUUGACAACAACUGCUACAGGGACGCCCUGCUCACCAGCACCAUCAACUGCGUCACCAGCUUCGUCUCGGGGUUUGCCAUCUUCUCCAUCCUCGGGUACAUGGCCCAUGAGCACAAGGUCAACAUCGAGGAUGUGGCCACUGAAGGAGCUGGCCUGGUCUUCAUCCUGUACCCGGAAGCCAUCUCCACCCUGUCGGGGUCCACCUUCUGGGCUGUCGUGUUCUUCAUCAUGCUCCUGGCUCUGGGGAUUGACAGCUCAAUGGGAGGCAUGGAGGCCGUCAUCACGGGCCUGGCCGACGACUUCCAUGUCCUGAAGCGACACCGGAAGCUCUUCACAUUCGGCGUCACCUUCGGGACCUUCCUCCUGGCCCUGUUUUGCAUAACCAAGGGCGGAAUCUACGUGCUGACGCUGCUGGACACGUUCGCGGCGGGCACCUCCAUUCUGUUCGCUGUGCUCAUGGAGGCCAUCGGCGUCUCCUGGUUUUACGGGGUGGACAGGUUCAGCAACGACAUCCAGCAGAUGAUGGGGUUCAAGCCUGGCCUGUACUGGAGGCUGUGCUGGAAGUUUGUGAGCCCCGCCUUCCUCCUGUUUGUGGUGGUGGUGAGCAUCAUCAACUUCAAGCCACUCACCUACGAUGACUACAUCUUCCCACUCUGGGCCAACUGGGUCGGGUGGGGCGUCGCACUGUCCUCCAUGGUCCUGGUGCCCGCCUACAUCAUCUACAAGUUCCUGAGCACCCGGGGCUCCCUCUGGGAGAGACUGGCCUAUGGCCUCACGCCGGAGAACGAGCAUCACCUGGUGGCCCAGAGGGACGUCAGGCAGUUCCAGCUGCAGCACUGGCUGGCCAAC